AUGGAUAACUCAAUGGUCUGUUUGGCCAAUGCAACAGUUUGCAAUGGCACGUCCUGUCUGGUACAAGAAAGCAACUUCAACGCCGUUCUAAGUGUGGUCCUGAGCGCCGUCCUGACCAUCCUGUUGGCUCUGGUGAUGUUCUCCAUGGGAUGCAACGUGGAACUCAAGAAAUUCCUAGGGCACAUAAAGCGGCCAUGGGGCAUCUGCAUUGGCUUCCUCUGUCAGUUCGGGAUCAUGCCCCUCACAGGAUUCAUCCUCUCCGUGGCCUUUAACAUCAUCCCCAUCCAAGCUGUAGUGGUCCUCAUCAUGGGAUGCUGUCCGGGAGGGACUUCCUCCAACAUCUUGGCCUAUUGGGUAGAUGGCGACAUGGACCUGAGCAUCAGCAUGACCACCUGCUCCACGCUGCUCGCCCUGGGGAUGAUGCCACUGUGCCUGUUAAUCUACACCAAAAUGUGGGUUGACUCGGGGAUGAUCGUGAUUCCCUACGAUAACAUAGGUAUAUCUCUGGUGGCGCUUGUUGUUCCCGUCUCCCUUGGAAUGUAUGUUAACCACAAGUGGCCCCGUAAAGCCAAGAUCAUCCUUAAGAUUGGAUCCAUCACAGGCGUCGUGCUCAUAGUGCUCAUAGCCGUGGUCGGAGGCGUGCUCUACCAGAGCGCCUGGAUCAUAGAGCCCAAACUCUGGAUCAUAGGAACCGUAUUUCCCAUAGCUGGCUACUCCUUAGGGUUUUUUCUGGCUAGAAUAGCCGGUCAGUCCUGGGACAGGUGCCGAACCGUUGCUUUGGAAACAGGGAUGCAGAACACACAGCUAUGCUCCACCAUCGUCCAGCUCUCCUUCACCCCCGAGGAGCUCAACCUCAUAUUCACCUUCCCGCUCAUCUACAGCAUCUUCCAGAUCAUCGCGGCAGCGCUGUUCUUAGCAGUGUACGUGGUAUACAAGAAAUAUUAUAGAAAAAACAAUGUGGAAUUUCCGGAGGGCAGAGACAACAAACCAGUGCCUGAUUCAUCAUUCCAACAGGUCAAUGAAGGAUUUCAACCAGACGAAAAGCAAACACCGGUGAACCAAAAAGAAUCCUAA